AUGCGUCAUUAUGGAUUCAAAAAAAAGAUUUUAUACGGAGGUUUUCUUCUAUUAACGUUCAUAAUUCUGCUACAUCCUGACAGAAAUGCUAUAGGAACAUAUGAAUUUAUUGAGAAAGAAGAAAUUUUAAGUAACCUACAACUAGAAACAGCUGAUAAUUUUUCUAGUACUGCCAUUGCCGACUGUGACUAUUACGACGUUAUUAACGAUGACACAAAUUUACCAGUAAGUAUUGUUGAUGUUGAUUUAAUCGAGGGUCACAGAAUUAAAGAUGGUGGGGAAUACGCACCAAUCGAGUGUAGACCUAAGUUCAGCACUGCAAUUAUUGUUCCGUACAGGGACAGAGCUGAGCAAUUGCGUGGCUUCUUGGUAUACAUGCAUAUGUUUCUUAGAAGACAACAUAUCCAUUACCGAAUCUAUGUUAUUGAACAAGUUGAUUCUCGUCCUUUUAACAAAGCCAAGUUGAUGAAUGUUGGGGCUAUAGCUGCUAUGAGAGCUGGAUAUCCUUGCCUCAUAUUGCAUGAUCUUGACUUGCUACCAUUGAGGCCAGCCAACUUGUAUGCUUGUACUAUAUUUCCACGACAUAUGUCUGCUAGCAUCAAUAAGUUUAGAUUUGUACUGCCAUAUCUCCAUAUGUUUAGUGGUGCCAUAUCAAUAGCCUCUAAGCAGUUCAAAGCAGUAAAUGGUAUGAGUAAUGAGUACUUUGGCUGGGGAGGUGAAGAUGAUGAAUUUUAUACCCGAUUAGAGUCUUGCAAUAUAAAAAUAACACGCUUUGAACCAAAAACUAGCCGCUAUUACAUGUUUUCUCAUUAUAAGCAAGGAAAAAGAAAUGUUGGGAGCACUUUUCUGAAUCGUCAUAAAAAGAGUAUGUUAAACGAUGGGUUGAACUCUUUGAAGUAUACUGAAGUGGCAACUGUUCUUCAUCCAUUAUUUACUCAUAUCAUAGUUGAUUUG